AGGGCUUCUGUGAACUUGGAGCCUGGCGGCGCGAGGCUCCUGCCGGGGAUGCGGCGGGAGCUGCUUCCUGGUUUGAAGCUCGCCGAGUGGGGGAGAGCGUGAGCCCGCGGAGGCGGGGGCAGGAGCAGAAGCUGGAGGAGGCGGGGGCAAGAGACGCUUGGGGCUGGAGCUAACCGGACGGGUCGCUCCGGCUCUCCAGGGAGAGGAGCUUCCCGGCUCCGGAGAAGGGGCAAGUCCUUUGAGAGCCCCCGGGAAGCGCCGCGCGCUGGAGAGGGACGGUCGGGCUACCCCAGCUCGCGGAGGGCUCGGCUCCGGGCUCCCCUCCUUUCCACCUCGCGAGGGAGGAGGCAAGGGAAGGAGGGGAGGGGAAGGUCCCGCGGAGGAGGCAGAAUGACCAGUCGAGGGGGGCUUGGGCGCUGCUUUUCCCAGGAGCUGCCUCCACUCCUGCGGCUGCCGCGAGGGCUGGCUUGAGCAGGGGCUCCAGGCUCUCCCGCUGCGAGCCAGCGCCCCCCCUCCCCCCGCCCUGGGGCCGGGGCAGCGGCGCCGGCAUGACGUCCGGCACCAUGAAGUUCAAUGGUUACUUGAGGGUCCGAAUUGGCGAGGCUGUGGGGCUGCAGCCCACCCGCUGGUCCCUGCGCCACUCGCUCUUCAAGAAGGGCUACCAGCUGCUGGACCCCUACCUGACGGUGAGCGUGGACCAGGUGCGCGUGGGCCAGACCAGCACCAAACAGAAGACCAACAAACCCACGUACAAUGAGGAGUUCUGCGCCAACGUCACCGACGGUGGCCACCUCGAACUGGCCGUCUUCCACGAGACGCCCCUGGGCUAUGACCACUUCGUGGCCAACUGCACCCUGCAAUUCCAGGAGCUGCUGCGCACGGCUGGCGCCUCGGACACUUUCGAGGGCUGGGUGGACCUGGAGCCAGAAGGGAAGGUAUUUGUGGUAAUAACCCUAACAGGGAGCUUCACUGAAGCCACUCUCCAGAGAGACCGAAUCUUCAAACAUUUUACCAGGAAGCGCCAAAGGGCUAUGCGAAGGCGAGUCCACCAGAUCAAUGGACACAAGUUUAUGGCCACAUACCUGAGGCAGCCCACCUACUGCUCUCACUGCAGGGAGUUUAUCUGGGGAGUAUUUGGGAAACAAGGUUAUCAGUGUCAAGUGUGCACCUGUGUCGUCCAUAAGCGCUGCCAUCAUCUGAUUGUUACAGCCUGCACUUGCCAGAACAAUAUUAACAAAAUGGAUUCAAAGAUCGCUGAACAGAGGUUCGGAAUCAACAUCCCACACAAGUUCAGCACCCACAACUACAAAGUGCCAACGUUCUGCGAUCACUGUGGCUCGCUGCUGUGGGGCAUCAUGCGACAAGGACUUCAGUGCAAAAUCUGUAAGAUGAAUGUCCACAUCCGAUGUCAGGCGAACGUGGCCCCGAACUGUGGGGUAAAUGCGGUGGAGCUCGCCAAGACCCUGGCCGGGAUGGGCCUCCAGCCUGGAAAUAUUUCUCCAACCUCGAAGCUCGUUUCCAGGUCAACUCUAAGACGACAGGGAAGGGAAAACACCAAAGAAGGAAAUGGGAUCGGGGUUAAUUCUUCCAGCCGGCUCGGUAUCGACAACUUUGAGUUCAUCCGAGUGUUGGGGAAGGGGAGCUUCGGGAAGGUGAUGCUUGCAAGAAUAAAAGAAACAGGAGACCUCUAUGCCGUGAAGGUGCUGAAGAAGGAUGUGAUCUUGCAGGAUGACGAUGUGGAAUGCACAAUGACGGAAAAAAGGAUCCUGUCCUUGGCUCGCAAUCACCCCUUCCUCACACAGUUGUUCUGCUGCUUUCAAACACCCGAUCGUCUGUUUUUUGUGAUGGAGUUUGUGAAUGGGGGCGACUUGAUGUUUCACAUUCAGAAGUCUCGUCGUUUUGAUGAAGCACGAGCUCGUUUCUAUGCAGCAGAAAUCAUUUCGGCGCUCAUGUUCCUACACGAGAAAGGAAUCAUCUAUCGGCUGUCCUCUCGAACCUUGGCCACCUCUGAUGUGUGCCAUCACGGAAAAGCCAGACAGCCAGGCGCUAACAGGGCCUGGGGUCUGCAACCAUUCCUGGAAGAAUGGCCGAGAAAGACCUCACUUCUGGCAGUGGCCUCCCUCCCGAGUACACGAUCGCAGUCAUCGCAGCCACCACCCUGCCUCUCAGAUCUCAAACUGGACAACGUACUGUUGGACCACGAGGGCCACUGCAAGCUGGCGGACUUCGGAAUGUGCAAGGAGGGGAUCUGUAACGGAGUCACCACGGCCACCUUCUGUGGCACGCCCGACUAUAUCGCUCCAGAGAUCCUCCAGGAAAUGCUCUACGGACCUGCAGUCGAUUGGUGGGCGAUGGGCGUGCUGCUCUACGAGAUGCUCUGUGGUCACGCACCCUUCGAGGCGGAGAAUGAGGACGACCUCUUUGAGGCCAUCCUGAACGAUGAAGUGGUCUACCCUACAUGGCUGCAUGAAGAUGCCACAGGGAUCCUGAAAUCUUUCAUGACCAAGAACCCCACCAUGCGCCUUGGCAGCCUGACUCAGGGUGGGGAGCAUGCCAUCUUGAGACAUCCCUUCUUUAAGGAAAUCGACUGGGCCCAGCUGAACCAUCGCCAAGUAGAACCACCUUUCAGACCCAGAAUCAAAUCCCGAGAAGAUGUCAGUAAUUUUGACCCUGACUUCAUUAAGGAAGAGCCAGUUUUAACCCCAAUUGAUGAGGGACAUCUUCCUAUGAUUAACCAGGAUGAAUUUAGAAACUUUUCCUUUGUGUCUCCAGAAUUGCAACCUUAGCCUUAUGGGGAAUGAAAGACAUGGUAUGAAAAUCACAAGCAGAUCGAGAUUUUCCAGGAAUUUCCUUUGUGGGGCAUUCCCUCAUAUCAGCCUUAGAACAAGAACUUUACCUUCAGCACGCAGGUGGGAAACUCUGAAGGACAGAACUUCAGGAGGUCAACUCUUAAGUCCUCAGGAAGCCAGGGUACUAGGACGAGCGGAUACCGGAAUGAGAUUUCAUGAAGAAGUAUACUGCUCAACCUAGGCGUUGCCAUGGCUCUUUUGGGCUUGGGCUAUUAAAGGGAACCAACAGAAGAGAAGGUGUGAAGAAUCAACUAGAUCCUAGAAAUUCUGAGCCAACCGGCCUUUGACUUCACAAAUCAAGACUUGGUCUGGGCCACUCUGUGCUCUUGUGAAGAAUCAACUAGAUCCUAGAAAUUCUGAGCCAACCGGCCUUUGACUUCACAAAUCAAGACUUGGUCUGGGCCACUCUGUGCUCUUCUGAAGCCAGGGAGCUCUGAAGACUAGCCGCGCGCAAGAAGUCUGUACAAGCUAACGAAGAAUUCCAAGGUAAGGAAAUGAAAGGCUUUCCCAACACUGAUUUACUCUGAAGAAACAAAACUCACAACGUAAAGCCCCAUCUUGAAAACAGAUGUUGGGCUCCAAGACCACCACUCUUCCAGCUUAUUCUCUUCUCCUCCCAUGAACGGAUAUUUACCGAGAGCCCGGUGAGGCGGUGCCACGUGCCCUGCUAGUGUAAACAGAUUUGUGUGCACUGAACUUCCACGCUCCAGUCCACUUAUUUACCUGAACGGUGUUUGCAUUCUGUGAAAUGCCUUCCACAUUGCAUAUAUCACGCUUCUUUGUCCGCACAUAACUUUGUCCACGGAAGAGGGCUCACUGCCACAACAGCCACUGUUCUGUUCACACGGACAGCAGGUGAGCAAAGUGCUUGCUGCUGAAGGACUCAUGAAAUCUCAUGAUGUGUUGAUAUCGCGCCAAACUCUGUGAAGAAGCGCACGUCACUCAUGUCAGUGACCAGACUUAGCGGCUUACACAUUAGCAGGCUAUUUAAGUUAUAUUUUAAUAAUAAUUAGAACUGACUCUUAGGACAUGUACUGAAGGACCUUAUAAUAUGUACUCAUAUGCAGUUGGAGAAUUUUGUCUGUCUGGAAAUAAACGCAUUUUGUAGCAAAAGCAAA